CUGCAUUCCACGCAACAAUUAUGACUUUCUCGAGAGUCCUCCUUGCACUUUAGCCACCCCACGGUGGCAGUAAGUGCGACAAUAACAGAGCACACUUCACCUCUACUGUUCAGCUCCUAUAAAGAUUUGAACAUCUCCAUCAUUCAGUAGCUACGACGUGUCAAUUCUGCAUCCCCUUCAUUAUCCUCUCACCUCCAUGGAUUCCAAUGACAUUCCCCUCAUUUGGGACACACUUCCAUUAGAGAUAUCUGAAAAGAUUUUCUCCCAUCUACCACUAACCCUAAUUAGCAUAUUGAUGAAAUCAGAGAAUGCCAGCAUUGCCUCCAUGGCCCAGAAGUGCUACUACUCGAAUAUCAAAUUGUUCAUCGACGCCCCGUUCAAUAAAAACUUCCGCUGUAUGAACCAUGAUUGCCUCUACAUGACGCUCUCUGAGUUUGAAGAGUUGGCAAAAAGCGAUAUAUUAGACCAGCUUCGAAUUAAGAAGCUCUCCACUUAUUUGUGGAUGGCCAAGAAUAACAAGUUCCUCCAGGGAGAAGUGUUCACCAAAAAGUUGGUGCUAGUGGGGGUCAGGGACUUUUCUGUUGAGGGCUUCAAUGGGCUAAAGUUGCCUAAUUUAAGAGAUUUGCAAUUGAGAGACAUUCAUGGUGUGACGGAGAUUAAUGAGCUAUUUGAGUUACCCUCACUGUUGGAGAAUUUGGACUUAUCGUGGCCAGAACAGGAACAGGAGUGGGACUUGAGUUUCAAUAAGCUUCAACAAUUUUCAAAGACGCUACCUGACAGUAUUAAAUCUGUGAGCCUUUGGAAUAACCUAUUGGAAGAAUUGGUGAACUUCCAUCUUCCGGUGAACUGUACCACCUUUAUCCUCUCGUCCAAUCCUCUUCAAAAGAUCCAAAUCACCAACGCAGAUGAUCCGGAUUUGAAACUCCGAAGCUUUGAAUUAAACGGUAUUGGUGUCACCUCACUCCACGACAUCUCUCCCCUACCGCAAAGCCUUACCUUUUUUGAAAUAACUGGUACUGAUAUAUGCUCCUUGUCGGAAAUUCAAUUACCUGCGGGAUUGAAAUACCUCGAUGCCUCCAAUAACAAAAUAACUUUGUUGGAAAAUGCCAAGUUCCCAUCGUACUUGGAAACUUUGCUUCUCCUGAAAAAUGAGAUAUCCAGCUUAACCGAUACCCAAUUUCCGGAUAGUUUACUCAAAUUAGAGCUUAAUGCUAACAAGCUUGCGUCAAUCGAAGCCAUCCAACUUCCUCCCAAGUUGAAAGUAUUGCACCUUCAGAAGAACGCAAUUAGCACUAUCAACGAAUUGCAACUACCAGAUUCCCUUGAAGAAACCAUGUCUGAAGCUAAAAUCACCGAAAUCCAUGAUACCCCCGAAACUGAUAUUGUCGUAACCCCAGAAGCUGGUAUCCCUGAAGUCUCCGCGAACGAAGACCAGGCCCAAGUCGAUGAGUUGAGACUGUACAUGGCCACCGCAGAGCUAUUGCAAGGUCACGCCCAGAAGAUCACGGCGCAAAAGGCGUUCAUGGCCGCUGCCGUUGAAAAUCAAACCUCAGAAAUGUCUGCUGAGGACCUUAAGCAGCACAAGAUCGAAGCGAGAAGGCACUUGGCUGAAACCGAAAAGAGCAUUGCCAACCUCCUCGACUCCUCCUCAGCGUCCGACUCCACUCCAGAGAAGCAGCUUAUGAAUUUUGUCCCGCGCGAUGUCAUGCUCAAGAAUUUGAGACAGUUCCAGGAUGUUCUCAAAAAGUCGUUGUAA